AGGAGCCAGAGGCACGGAGGCCGAGGAGGGGGUAUGGGACAGUGAUGUUACCCAGGGUUCAGGAGACACAGUCCCUGGUGGGUCGGAAUGAUAAAGCUGGCUGGCCUUCACCUCUCCCUCCGCCCCUCCAUGCACAGUUCUUUGCUUGUGCCCCUCUGCACUGGCCAGAGUAACAUCGUACUGGGGAAGGCAGGCAGCUGAGCCCUGAGGGCUUCUGGGAAGGGCAGGGGGCUGGGGCAUCCCCAGGAGGAGCACAGAGGGUGGGAGAGGAAGGUGACACAGCCAGGUGCCCUGGCACUCACCCUCCCUCUGUCUCUCCACGGUGCGACAGGCUGGCUGCUGACUGUGCCCGUGAGCUGCAUCGCCAUGGAGUUCGCUACGUGUCUCUGUGGCCAGGGUUGGUGCAGACAGAACUGCUGAAGGAGCAUAUGGCCAAGGAGAAUACCACUGAGGAUCCCCUGCUUAAGCAGGUUGGCAAAAGGAGGAUGGGGGAGGCAGAGAGUAUGGAGGAAGCAGCCUCUCCAUCUGCAGUGAUGAGACAAUAACAACAGUGACAAGAGUAACUACUGCUUAUUUACUGUGAGCUUACUGUGGUCAGGCGCAGGGCUAAGCCCUGAACACACACCAUUUCCUUUAAUCCUAUGAGGGAGAUAUUAUCUUCAUCUUACAGAUGCAGAAACUGAAACUCAGAGAAGGUAAGAAACUUGCUCAAAGUCACAUAUGUCAUAAAUGGAAAGGCUUACUAGGCAGGUGGAAAGGCUGUCGAGUUCCGAAGCCCAUGCUCUUGACCCCCACACUGAACUACUAACCAAAAGGUCCAGACACUAGUCAGUACCCCCAGAUCCUCCCACUCAGGAAAGGCAGUGGGUCCUGGUGCCCGGGAGUGGCACAGGCUCAUUUGGAUAUGGGGGAAGAGUGGUUCCUACAGGUGGAGCAAGGAGGGCCUCUCUCCUGGAAUAGAAGCUGAAAGGCGGAAGGAGACUUGGGCAAUGCACUCAGUAUUAACCCUUCACCUCUCUGUCCUGUGUUUCAGUUCAGACCUAUUUUUUCAUCCGCGGAGACUACAGAAUUAAGUGGCAAAUGUAUCGUGGCUCUGGCAACAGGUAAAGAGGUUGGGGGCAACUAGUCACAAGAAAGGGCAUGGAGGAUCUGCAGGGCAGUGGCAGCCAGUGCUGGGUCCUGGUUCAGGAGGUGGUUGAGGAGUAAACCCUUCUUUUCUCUGGCCUUUGGAAGCCCAAAGGGUCAGGAUUCCCAGUGUGAGGUUUGGAACCAUUAGGAACUGGGUCCUAGGAGGUGUGGCCAGGAGCCAGAGGCCCGGAACCUUCCUAGGAACAGAGAGAAACAAUUCUCCUGGGCUCCUGAGCCUGUCUCAGUGGUGCCCCAUCCCACUGAGCCCAAACCCUGUCACUCUGUGCCAUUCCCAGGCCAUCUCCAGCUCUACAUGUGCCCACAGACCCUGAUAUCCUGAGCCUGAGUGGGAAGGUGCUGCCAUCCUGUGACCUUGCAUGACGCUAUGACCUUCGGGAUGUAGAUGGCCGCCCGGUCCAAGACUAUCUGUCCGUGAGCUCCGUUCUCACCCACGUCUCCAGCCUGGGCUGGCUGGCCUCCUACUUGCCAGGCUUCCUCCGCAUGCCCAAGUGGAUUAUGACCCUCUAUGCUAGCAAGUUCUAACGCUCCUGGCCUGACGUCACCACUCUGCAUCUCUCCUCAGCCGGGCCAGGGUGGUUUGGCGUAUCUCAGUGGAAUAAGCCUUCACGGGUAACCACUGGACCCCUCCCUGUCCGGAACCCUGAGCCAGCACCAUGCACGGGCGACUGAAGGUGAAGACAUCGGAAGAGCAAGCGGAAGCCAAAAGGCUAGAGCGGGAGCAGAAGCUGAAGCUAUACUUGUCAGCCACCCAAGCCAUUUUCCAGAAGCGCCAGGCUGGCGAGCUGGAUGAGUCAGUGCUGGAGCUGACAAGCCAGAUUCUGGGAGCCAACCCCGACUUUGCCACCCUCUGGAACUGCCGGCGAGAGGUGCUGCAGCAGCUGGAGACCCAGAAGUCCCCGGAGGAGUUGGCUGCUCUGGUGAAGGCAGAGCUAGGCUUCCUGGAGAGCUGCCUGCAGGUGAACCCCAAGUCCUACGGCACCUGGCAUCACCGCUGCUGGCUGCUGAGCCGCCUGCCUGAGCCCAACUGGGCCCGGGAACUGGAGCUGUGUGCCCGCUUCCUCGAGGUCGAUGAACGGAACUUUCACUGCUGGGAUUACCGGCGGUUUGUGGCUGCACAGGCAGCUGUGCCCCACACAGAGGAGCUGGCCUUCACUGACAGCCUCAUCACCCGAAACUUCUCCAACUACUCCUCCUGGCAUUACCGCUCCUGCCUCUUGCCUCAGUUGCACCUCGAGCCGGACUCUGGACCAGAGGGGCGCCUCCCUGAGGAUGUGCUGCUCAGAGAGCUGGCGCUGGUGCAGAACGCCUUCUUCACUGACCCCAAUGAUCAGAGUGCCUGGUUCUAUCAUCGCUGGCUCCUGGGCCGAGCUGACCCCCAGGAUGCUCUGCACUGCCUGCACGUGAGCCGGGACGAGGCCUGUCUGAGUGUCUCCUUCUCUCGGCCCCUCCUAGUGGGCUCUGGGAUGGAGACCUUGCUGCUCAUGGUUGAUGGGUCGCCACUGGCUGUGGAGUGGAGGACCCCAGAUGGCAGAAACCGGCCCAACCGCGUCUGGCUCUGUGACCUGCCUGCCGCCUCCCUCAACGACCAGUUGCCCCAGCAUACAUUUUGUGUCAUUUGGAUGGCAGGCGAUGCCCAGAAGGAGUGUGUGCUGUUAAAAGGCCGCCAGGAAGGCUGGUGCCGGGACUUGGCCAUGGAUGAGCAGCUAUUCAGGUGUGAGCUGUCGGUGGAGAAGUCUACGGUGCUACAGUCCGAACUUGAAUCCUGUAAGGAGCUGCAGGAGCUGGAGCCUGAGAACAAAUGGUGCCUGCUCACCAUCAUCCUGCUGAUGCGGGCACUGGACCCCCUGCUAUAUGAGAAGGAGAUGCUGCAGUACUUCCAGACCCUCAAGGCCGUGGACCCGAUGCGAGCUGCAUAUCUGGACGACCUGCGCAGCAAGUUCCUGCUGGAAAACAGCGUGCUCAAGAUGGAGUACGCUGAGGUGCGCGUGCUGCACCUGGCUCACAAGGAUCUCACAGUCCUCUGCCACCUGGAGCAGCUGCUCUUGGUCACUCAUCUUGACCUGUCACACAAUCGUCUCCGAGCCCUGCCUCCUGCCCUGGCUGCCCUGCGCUGCCUUGAGGUGCUGCAAGCCAACGAUAACGCCAUAGAGUCCCUGGAUGGCGUCACUAACCUGCCCCGGCUGCAAGAGCUCUUAGUGUGUGGUAACCGCCUCCAGCAGCCCACAGCGCUCCAGUCACUUGCCUCCUGCCCUAGACUGGUCCUCCUCAACCUGCAGGGCAACCCCCUGUGCCAAGCAGUGGGCAUCUCAGAGCAGCUGGCCAAACUGCUGCCUUCAGUGAGCAGUAUCCUCACCUAGGAGGAUGCCUUCCACCCUUGCCCUUAAGUUAUUUGGACUAAAUAAAGAAUGGAGAAACUCCCUCGGUUCACCAACCUGCUGCCUCUGCCACCACCACCAUUACUGCCUCACCUGCUGGGAAAGGAGAGGGAAAGAGACUCAGGAUGUGUCUGCUCACCCUCUC